CUUCCUUAACUUUUUUUCGCGAAAUAUCGGAUGGAAUAUGCUCUGAGAACAUCUUCUAUAUAUUGCGUUGUAUACGGCAAACAUAUACCUCAACAAUGACACGAUGACCACGCUCGAGUUGGAGAACGACUGCCAAUCGCCACCCAAGGCUGCCCUGGUGUCCAAUAACGGACAUGUACCCAGCACUAAACGAAAACGCGACGUUUAUACCCCGACAGCAUGUAAUGAGUGUAAAAGACGGAAAAUAAAGUGCAACGGGCGGACCCCCUGCGAAAGGUGUAGUCGGCAAUUGCUUGACUGUCGAUAUCGUUCCAAUAAUACCUCGGAAGACCACCCAAACGUGGACCAACUUCUGAAGCAGAUUAACGCACUCCAGAACCAAGUCUCGGUGCUCUCGGACCAUGUUGCCGCCCAAGAUCAAUCGAUGCGAAUACAAGCGCCUCCUGUGCACGAAGAAGUCACCCUGGAAGACGUCCCUGGACAUGUUCCUGGCAUACAACCAGAUCCUUGCACUUCUUUCGAAGGACCCACGACUUCGGCAUUCAAAAUAAAAAUCGCGAGAGACGCUCUGAAAAGAGACAGUUUGGUUGAAGACUCCGACGAUGGUGGAAUCACUCGAGAGGCUAGCCCCUCGCCUCUUAACCGUCAGCGGAAUUUCGAUUCAAUUAUUGAUCCCAUGUGGACUAUUAGCCAUCAAGAAGCUACUCGGCUGUACCAUGUCUACGAAGAAGAAAUGGGAAUCAUGUAUCCGAUCGUUCCGGUAGAGCAGAUAUCCCGUCAUAUCAACAUUUUGUACUCACGUUCGGGGGAUUUAUUUGGAUCCCGAAUAGAUAAUUCGAAUCCUGGGAACCGCGCCAGGCUAAGCCUAGAAGACGUCAUCAUUCUGAAGUUGAUGUUUGCUUGUGCUCUUACGGCAGAAGAAAAUGGUCACAGUAAUCUAGGACUGAAGCUUUUUCAGAGUACACGAGAUGUAGUCAAUGAUUCUGUAUGGUCUUCUCCCAGCAUUAUGAGAAUCACCGCUCUUGCUCUCACGAGCAUUCUCUUCUUCCAAAUUGACGAGGAACACAAAGCUUGGAGGACGAUUGGAAUUGCAAUACGAAUGUGUCUAGAAAUGGGGCUACAUCAACGUGAGAUCCUCGUAGGACGAAAGUUAGAAAAUAGCCAGAGAGAACAAAAGGUCCGUCUGUUUUGGUCUAUAUACGUUCUGGAUAACAGAUGGAGUAUUGGGACUGGAUUGCCAUCCCAUCUGGCCGUCGGUGAUAUCGAUCCAACACUACCACGCCCAGAAGGUGUUCCUUACCUAACACUGAUGAUCGAAUACAGUCACCUUUCAGCUAAAGUUUGGAAACAUGUCUCUAGUUCUCCUUGUAGUGGAAUUGCCAACAAAAAGAACGAAGUGGAGUACAUUCAUUGGCAAAUACUGCAGUGGGCUGAAUCGAUUCCUGACCACCUUAAACUGCCUGAAAAACAGUCAUCAACGCACUGGUCAACUACAGCCCCUCCGACGCGAGCUAUUCAACGCCUUCAGUGUCUUCUUUAUCUCCGAACAAACUUGAUGCGUAUGCUUGUGUACCAACCAGCGCUACUUAGUGCAUCUGCCAUUUCUCAGAACACAUCAGAGGCAGACAUGAUAGUUGAAAUCGCAAAGGAAACGAUCCAAUUCAUCUUCCAUCUCAACGAAACCUCAAAUAUUUAUCAACUACAGCAAGUUGCCUUCAAUUUCUUCCUCGUAUCAGCCCUGGCGGUAUUACUCCUUGCCAUCGCUCACGCACCCGCGCGCUAUGGCUCCCAGUGUAAGGUCGAAUUCUACCUGGCGCUAGAGCUUGUGAAAAAAUUCUCGAUGAAAUCAUAUGUCUCCAAACGUCUUUGGAAGUCUAUCAAAGGACUUCAACGAUACGUACCCAAAAAAGAGGUUCAUCAAAACCAGCCCGUACAGCCAAACCUAGUAAAUGACAACAAAAACGCUGAUCCCUCUGUUUACCACCAACUUCAACCACCCGAAACCUCCCAACUGUCUCUAAAUCCUACACCUGAGAAUUUAUAUGGUGCAGCUGAAUCUGAACCCAGUGGCAGACAAAUGACUCUAGAUUUCAUGAAUCUAUUCGAGUUUUCUAAUCCUCCGUCAUACGGAGCCACGUACCCUGAGCUCUUGGACAGCGAGGAAUGGGGGUCAAACCAGUCUGAUCAAUUAGGCUACGAGGCACUGCUUUUUUCUACAUUGAAUUCAUGUUUUGGGCCUUCCAUCUCAUUAGUAUAGUCUAGCAAUAUCUUUUAUAUGCCUGUAAUUAACAUCAACUACGAA